AUGAUGUUCAUCCUCUGCCUCUCCAUACUAUUAUCUGGCCUUCAAGUCCAUUGCCAUCAUGUCCCAGAACAACACAAGGAACAGGAGCACAGCGGAGGUAAAAACCGUCUUGAACAUCAAUAUCAGCCUCCUGCAGAAGGGCAGGGAACUGAAGCAACUGGCUAUGACAAGAUCGUUGAGGAAAAUGCCGAAUUUGCAUUCAGAUUGUACAAGCUCAUGGCUUCAGACACACCUCCCCAAAACGUCUUCUUCUCUCCCCUGAGCAUCUCCACAGCCUUUGCCAUGCUUGCCAUGGGAGCUAAAGCGGAAACCCAUCGCCAGAUUUUCAAUGGACUUGGUUUCAACCUGUCAGACACUGAAGAGAAUGAGAUCCAUAGAGGAUUUAACCUACUCAUCCGCACGCUUAACCAACCCAAUAAUGUAACACAGACGAAUAUUGGGAAUGCUUUGUUCGUAGAAGAGUCAUCACAAUUGUUGCCUGAAUUUCUGAACAAUGUCAAAACCUUGUAUGAAGCUGAAGCCAUUUCAACUUGCUUCAAGAACUCUGCAGCAGCAGAAAACGAGAUAAAUGAAUAUGUAAAGGACAAAACGAAUGGGAAAAUCACCCAAGCCAUCCAGGGGCUAGAUCCAAGUACUGUAAUGGUUCUUCUAAACUACAUCUUCUUCAAAGCAUCCUGGGAAAUUCCUUUUAACCACGUAUUGACCAGGGAAACAGAUUUCUUUGUAGAUGCCAAAACAACAGUGAAGGUGAACAUGAUGUAUCAAAAAGGUUCUUAUAAUUUUCUCCGUGAUGAAGACCUGUCUUCUUGGGUAGUCAAAGUGCCUUACAAGGGAGAUUCCUCAGCAUGGUUUAUUAUGCCUGACCAAGGGAAACUGAAGGCUGUGGAGGAUGGUUUGUCAGGAGAAGAUUUUACAAAAUGGAAUAUAUCUGCGAAAUAUGAAAAAAUAGAAUUGUAUAUUCCAAAAUUUUCCAUUUCUGGAUCCUAUGAUGUCAGAGGUCUAUUGCAGAGACUGGGUGUGAAUGAUGUCUUCACUGAUUAUGCUGAUCUGUCUGGGGUUACUGGACAACGCAAUCUGAAGGUUUCCAAAGCUGUUCACAAGGCUGUGCUGGAUGUUCAUGAGGGAGGCACCGAGGCAGCGGCAGUCACGGUUUUAGAGUUUCAACGAACUUCUGCUGAAUUCCCUCUUGCUACCAUUAUCAAAUUCAACAGACCAUUCAUAAUGGCCAUUGCUAAUGAGCAAAUAUGCCACUUUAUCUUCAUAGCAAAAGUUAUGGACCCAACUGCCCAAUAA